GCUCUGCUAACCUUUGACACAUUGCAGCACACAACACUGUCAAACAUGUUGCGAGGUCUUCUCCUGGUGACAUGGCUUACACUGUCAUCACAACCCAUUGAGUGUCGACCAGGUGCUUUCCCUGUUCUUCAGAAUUCAAAUUCCAGUGGUAUCAGUAUCAGCAAUAGGAACACAAAUCACGAACUGCAGAAAAUUCAGAGCAAGUUUGGUUUUGUUGGACGUAGCUGCAGAGAUAUUCUACAGAAAUAUGGUGUUCAAGAAGAUGGUCUGUAUUACCUCACCACCUCCAAUGGUCUAGUGUACCAGAGCUACUGUGACAUGACCACAGCUGGUGGUGGAUGGACACUGGUAGCCAGUGUGCAUGAGAACAACAUGUAUGGGAAAUGCACUGUGGGGGACCGGUGGUCAAGCGAGCAGGGAAGCAAUCCCAACCGCCCUGAUGGAGAGGGGACAUGGGCCAACAUGAACACCUUUGGGAGUCCAGAAGGUGCGACCUCUGAUGACUACAAGAAUCCUGGCUAUUAUGACAUCGUAGCGGAAGAUGUGUCUGUUUGGCAUGUUCCUAACAACGUUCCACUAAAUCACUGGACCAUUGCUCCCAUCCUGCGAUACCACACAGUGACAAGGUUUCUUACACUCAAUGGAGGAAACCUCUACCACCUCUUCAGGCGUUACCCGGUGAGGUAUAACAUUGGAGCAUGUGGCACCAACAAUGGACCGUCUACUCCUGUGGUGUAUGAUUAUGGAAAUGCUGAGACCACAAAAAACCUUUAUGGGCCAAAUCUGAGAAACGAAUUCAUUCCUGGCUUCGUCACAUUCAGGGUGUUUAAUUAUGAGAGGGCAGCAAUGGCCAUGUGUUCUGGAAUCAGACCUACUGGUUGCAACACUGAACACUAUUGCAUUGGUGGCGGGGGACACUUCCCUUUGCAUGAAGGCCGUGUGUGUGGUGACUUCACUGGCUUUGACUGGAAUGGUUAUGGAACACAUGUGGAGUGGAGUGCAUCCAGAGACUUAACUGAAGCUGCUGUUAUGAUCUUCUACCGCUGAGUCAAGAAUGAGGGUCCACAGAUGAACUGUGGCCGGUUCGAUAUUUGGAAAUGCUUAUAAUGGAAAUAGAUAUUUUGAUUUCCUAACUGUUCUGCAUUAAAUAGUAUCACAUAGAUGGUGAAAAUACACACAUUCUCUGUUGAAUAUUGAUAUUGAUAUUUGGUUGAUAUUUACCCCUUUCCUUCUGAGUAUUUUCUUGCUUAGGUCUACUUAAGGUUAAGGGUUGGUCCCCUGCCAAAUAACCCCCUGUUGAGCAUCAGUGCUUUCAUCUGUUAUUUACCUGCUGUAAAAUGUGUAACACUUGUGCUUAAUUAGAUUCAUCUGUUGUCAGUGCUAUACUAAAAGGAUCAAAAAUAUGAUGUAAGAGGAAAUGUAAGACGAAAAAGUCAGGAGCAAGUUAUUCAUUUGAACACUUAUAUAUAUACAUAGACAUACACAUACCUCCGACUUUUAUGAGAAUACCAGCAACUAUUACAUGUAUCAGAAGAGAGGGGUGGUGGUGGGGGGCAGGGCAGGGCACAUUAUAAUACCGUGGUUGUAGAGUGUGGCUUAGAGAUUUCAUCAGAUUCUGUCAGGAUUGUGCUCUGUCUUUGUUUUGUGCUUCCUUGUUCCCGCCAUGUGCUUUCCCGUGUUUGUUUGUUUAUGCCAUGUGCUUCUUUGUUGUUAUCCUGAGCUCCGCCCCCACCUGCCUUCUGCCACGCCCUGUUUUUUUCCGUCACCGUCUACCACACCUGCUUUGUUAAUUAGCCUGGUUGUUUGCCUGAAUAGUUUCUCCUGCGUCUUGUAUAUUCCCCUUGUUUAGUUCACCUAUGUCUUAUUAUCUGGUUCCCCCUUUGGCAUUUAAGUUCAGUCUGUCUUGUGUUUUUUUUGUUGGUUCGUAAGUCUAAAGUCUGAUGAGAGAUUCUGAGUCCUGUUGAUCUGUUAAUGCCCGUAUUCCUUCUCUGCCUUGCUGCUGUGUUUUGAUGUUUUUUGCUCUGCCCGGGUUUGAUUCCUAGUUGGGAUCUGAUGUUUUUUGGAGCUCUUAGUUUUGAUCUUCUGUGCUCUCCCAUUUUUGUAAAUAAAUCCUGAAUUGUCUUUG